CACUGAAUAGCUGCGUGACGCGCCUGGUUAAAUAUUUGCAAUAGUUUGUUCUUUAAAAAAACACAUGGACAAAACAAAGUUGUAUCGGUGUACAAGUACAUUUAUGCUGAUGAAAGAUUUCCCAGCUGUUCAUGAAGGCGUCAUUACACGUCGAUCCAUUGAUCUCUGCUCCGGACGUCUGUAGGACUCCCGAGUUUCCACGCCCCCUACUUUCACCCCUAUUGUGGAGAAUCUCGGGCUCACACACGCACACGCACACACACACACACGCUGCCAGCCCUUCUGGAGUUCGAGUUGGGAGGUCAAGCUUUUUUGAAGAAAUACUUCUCUUCUACUCAUGGAUAUAUUUUAUUCUCUUCAGGGAAUUCGAAGAAGGGCAAUGGUUUGCGUCGCCAGGCAUUUCGGAGUGUCAUCCGUGAGGGAAAGGCCACACAUACAACACAGCACAAAGUUGUGAAAAAAAAGUAGUUCCCCUCUUCUUCUCGCUCACACUCGGUGCUUGUCCGCUUUGAGGUUUCCCGACCAUCAUGGAGAGGCGGACCAGGCACAGUACUUGGGCUUUGACGCCGAAACGACGCGCUCCUUUCCGGGCUGCGCUGCUCCGUCUUCGCGGGAGCUUGUCGGCUCGUUUGUGGAGCUUCGCUUUUAUGUGCUCGGCUCUUUCUUGGGGAUAUUGUCGAGCCGACACGGAGUUUUCCAUUCUGGAAGAAACCCAAGUUCUCUCCGAGCAGAUAAAGAAGCUGUCCACUCAAGAGCUUGGAGUCUUUACUAUGCAGAGGAUUUUCAACUCGUUUGUGUACACCGAGAAGACAUCAAACGGAGAGACAGAAGUCCAGCAGCUGGCCAAGAAGAUUCGGGAGAAGUUUAACCGCUACCUUGAUGUGGUGAACAGGAACAAACAGGUGGUGGAGGCCUCGUACACUGCCCACCUCACCUCUCCUCUCACUGCAAUACAGGACUGCUGCUCUAUCCCAACAUCUAUGAUGGAGUUUGAUGGAAAUUUCAACACCAAUGUGUCCAAAACCAUCUGCUGUGACAGACUCUCACCCACCGUCAACAGCCGAGCUUUCAACCCCGGAAGAGACCUCAACUCAGUUUUGGCAGACAAUCUGAAAUCCAACCCAGGGAUCAAGUGGCAGUACUUCAGCUCAGAGGAGGGCAUCUUCACUGUGUUCCCGGCCCACAAGUUCCACUGCAAAGGAAGUUAUGAACACCGCAGCAGGCCUGUUUAUGUUUCUGCAGUGCGUCCCCAGUCGAAACAUAUUGUUGUAAUGGUGGAUCACGGUGCGUCUGUUACUGAAACACAGCUUCAAAUUGCCAGAGACUCAGCACUGGUUAUCCUUUAUGCAAUUGAUGAACAUGACAAGAUCGCCGUUUUGUCAGUGGCAGAGACGGUCCGCUCCUGCUCUCUCGACCAGUGCUACAAGAGUUUGCUUUCUCCGGCCACCAGCGAGACAAAGAGGAAGAUGAGCAGCUUCAUCUCCAACAUCAAGGCCACUGAUGGCACCACGCAACACGCAGCGGGCUUCCAAAGGGCUUUCCAGCUUCUCAGAAACACCAGCAGCCUUAGCAAGCAGAGUACCACCACAGACAUGGUUAUCAUCUACCUGUCUUCUGGGAUUACAUCUCGAGAGUCAUCAGAGCAGGAGAAGAAAGCCACGCUCAGUGUGGUCAAAGAGGAGAACAGACACUUCAACAACUCUGUCAUGAUCCUCACGUAUGCACUCAUGAAUGAGGGAAUAACAGGUCUGAAGGAGCUGGCCUUCCUGCGAGACCUUGCCGAGCAGAAUUCGGUGAAGUACGGCGUUGACCGUUUUCCUGUGGCGUCCUCAUCGGGAUCAUCUACAGUGGUCAUGAUGCCUGUCGUGAAGGGCAGCAUGAUGGUGCUCAACCAGCUCAGCAACCUGGAGACAACAGUGGGCCGCUUCUAUAUCAACCUGCCCAACCGCAUGAUCGACCUCGUCCGCUUCAGUCUGCCCUACACUGACCCUAUGGGAGAUGGUUUUAUUAUGACUGUGAGUCGGCCCUGCUAUUUUGGGAACCUGCUCCUAGGUGUGGUUGGAGUCGACGUGAACCUGGCCUACAUUUUGGAGGAUGUCACAUAUUAUCAGGACUCUCUUGCUUCGUACACCUUCCUCAUUGACAACAAAGGUUAUACCCUGAUGCAUCCAUCACUAACGCGGCCUUACCUAAUGACCGAGCCUCCUCUUCACACGGACAUUAUCCACUAUGAGAAUAUUCCUGGAUUCCAUGUUGUGCGACAGAACAUCCUCAAUCUCCCAUUGGGCAGUCAGGUCAUCGCUGUUCCAGUGAACUCAUCUUUAUCCUGGCACACUAACCGGCUGAGAGACAACCGCAAAGAUGCGUACAAUGUCAGCUAUGCGUGGAAGCUGGUUCAAGACACGUCGUUCAUCCUGUGCAUCGUGUACGUGCAGCCAGAAAUUCCAGUGAAGCAGCUCAAACAUCUGAACACCGCACCCAGCUCCAAGCUCCUGUACCAUCGUUUGGACUUACUGGGUCAGCCCAGCUCCUGCCUCCAUUUUAAACAGCUUGCAUCUGUUGAAUCCCCCACAGUGAUGCUGGCAGCUGGUAGCUUCUCAUCUCCCUAUGAGCACCUCAGUCAGCCAGAAACAAAGCGCAUGGUGGAACACUACACAGCCUAUCUGAGUGAUAACACUAGGCUCAUUGCCAACCCAGGCCUCAAGUCCUCUGUCAGGAACGAGGUUAUGGCGACCAGUCAUGUCACGGAUGAGUGGAUGACACUAAUGGAAAUGAGUAGCCUCAACUGCUACAUUGUGCGCCGUUACAUAGCAACGCUCAGUGGGGUGCUCCGGAUUUACCCUGGAUCACUGAUGGACAAAGCCUUUGACCCCACCCGCAGACAAUGGUACCAGCACGCUGUGGCCAACCCUGGCCUCAUCACCUUUACUGGACCUUACUUGGAUGCAGGUGGCGCAGGCUACGUUGUUACCAUCAGCCACACCAUCCAUGCCUCCAGCUCUCAGAUGGCCCCAGGCUAUGCAGUGGCAGUGAUGGGCAUAGACUUUACCCUUCGCUACUUCUAUAAAGUUCUGUUGGACCUUCUUCCCAUUUGCAACCAGGACAAGGGAAACAAGAUCAGGUGCUUUAUAAUGGAGGACAGAGGGUACCUGGUGGCCCAUCCCACUCUCAUUGACCCUAAAGGUCAUGCCCCUGCAGAGCAACAGCACAUCACACACAAGGAGCCACUGGUUGCCAAUGAUAUACUGAACCACCCCAACUUUGUCAAGAAGAAUCUGUGCAACAGCUUCAGUGAUCGCACUGUGCAGCGCUUCUACAAGUUCAACACGAGCAUCACGGGGGACCUAACCAAUCUUGUCCAUGGCAGCCAUUGCUCUAAGUAUCGUUUGACACGAAUACCUGGCACCAACGCUUUUGCUGGGAUUGUCAACGAGACGUGUGACUCUCUGGCCUUCUGCGCUUGCAGCACAGUGGACCGCCUUUGUCUCAACUGCCACAGAAUGGAGCAGAAUGAGUGUGAGUGCCCGUGUGAGUGCCCCCUCGAGGUGAAUGAGUGUACUGGCAACCUCACCAAUGCUGAAAACAGAAAUCCUAGCUGUGAGGUACAUCAGGAGCCACUCAGUUUGAAUGUGAUCGAUCCCAGUCUACAGGACACACUGCCUCAGUGUAUCAACACUCGCUGCAGCCAGAGAUACAGCAGCAGCGACUGUUUUGGUGUUUUGGACUGUGAGUGGUGUAUGGUGGACAGUGAUGGCAAGACCCAUCUGGACAAGCCGUAUUGUGCCCUGCAGAAGGAGUGCUUCGGGGGCAUUGUCGGUGCAAAGAGUCCAUAUGUAGACACCAUGGGCCUCCUUGAUGAGGAGGUGGCAUCUUUGAACAUGAUCAAGACUGCUCCUGUGGGACCGGUUGCCGGAGGUAUUAUGGGAUGCAUCAUGGUGCUGGUAUUGGCCGUGUACGCGUACAGACACCAGAUCCACAGGCGCUCGCAUCAGCACAUGUCGCCACUGGCGGCACAAGAAAUGUCAGUGAGAAUGUCCAACCUGGAUAAUGACAGGGAUGAGAGGGAUGAUGACAGCCACGAGGACCGAGGCAUAAUAAGUAAUACUCGAUUUAUCGCCGCGGUGAUCGAGAGACACACCCACACUCCAGAACGACGACGGAGGUACUGGGGAAGAUCUGGCACAGAGAGUGACCACGGCUACAGCACGAUGAGCCCUCAAGAGGACAGCGAGAAUCCACCGGGAAACAACGAUCCACUUUCGGCGGGCGUCGAUGUCGGUAACCACGACGACGACCUGGACCUGGACACCCCCCCUCAGACGGCAGCCCUGCUCAGCCACAAAUUUUACCCCUACCGACACACGCACACACACCAUCACCCGCUGCACACGCACCACCUCCAAGCGGCGGUCACCGUUCACAGCGUGGAUGCCGAGUGUUGAUCCAUGACAUGGGUAGAAUUUAGAAAACAUGCUUUUAAGACACUUCACAUUGUGCUCAUCAUCGUUGCCAAUAUAUAGAUAUUUUUUUUCUAUUGAACUGAACUCAAAAUGUGUUGUUUUUUUUUUUUUUUGGUUUGUUUUUAACACACACUGAAAAUGGGCAAACUUUUUUUAUUCACUUUGUUUUCUGAAGGUAUCGGGCUUUCUGGACUCUUUUAAGAGCAGCCUUGAAAACAAAUUCAGCCCAUUUCGGGGAAGUUCAUUGGAACAGCCGGAGGCUUCAACCUGUGAACAAGCUUCAUUUUUUUCCCCGUGGAGGGCCAACGCGAACACAAAACCAACUUGUCAUCACUACUGGACCACAGGACUCUCAAUAAUCUAAUUCAUACGCAGGAACCUUAUAAGGAAAAAAACAAACUUCAUUUACAUACAUAGAAAAACACUAUAAAGGUAAAAGAUUUUUAAAGUAUAAUAAAACUAUUUAUUCAAAUUUGCAGGACGGAUACAAGAUCUCUGCAUCCGGUCAUGUAAUAUUUGUCUACACACGUACUGUUGAGACAGUUGCAGUUUCUUCACUGUCUCAUUGUGUCAACAAUGAACCUGAAUCACGAGCUCUGCUAUUGCAAUUCAAAACGGAAAGCCAUUUGAGUGAUAUCCUUGAUGUUCAUCUUCAGGCCCGUACAAUGCAUGAGGGGCAUUCAAUAAAUCAGGUGAAUUUUUUGGUAUAAGGACGUCCAAUACAGAUUUUAUUUUAUUUUAUUUUUGUCAACGUAGUCUCCCAGCACUAUCGCACACUUUUCCCCUCUGUGCACAAGCUUCCCUAUUCCCUCAGCGUAAAAAUCUUUGGACUGAUGUCUCAGCCGGUCGCUCACAACACUUUUGACUUCAUUGUCCCUUUCAAACUUGGUGCCUCUCGUGAACGCUUUUAACCCAUUCAAUC